UCGUCUCGAGCGGGAAUACUCCGUAGACUUCAGAACCACAAACAAAAAGCUUUGGGAUUUAGUUACAAAGCAAAGGCGCUGUUUGAUGAGCAGACAUGGCCUUAAAGAAUGAAGCGGAGUUACCACCUGGCCUUGAGUGUCUCAAAAAUGUGGACAAUCUGCUUCGGUGCCCAAUCUGCUUUGAUCACCUGGAUAUUUCAAUGAUGACAAAAUGCUCUCACAACUUUUGCUCUUUAUGCAUCAGAAAAUUUCUCUCCUACAAGUUACUGUGUCCAGUUUGCAACUCGGAAUUGACAGAACAAGAUCUAAGAAACAACCGCGUAUUAGACGAACUGGUCGCAAACUUUCAAGCUGCAAGGCUGCGGCUGUCAAAAGUACACUUUGACUCUCCUCCAAUAUCGCCUAAAACCCCAGCUUCAGCUGUCAAAUGUAAAACACCCAGAGCCAAGGGCCAGAAGUGUAGCACCUCCAAUCUGAGUCACUUUUUCCAGAAGAGGACCAAAUCAUCGCCCACUUCAGAAAACCAACAAGAGGGAUCCGUCUCUCAGUGCUCGGAGCAGGGAAAAAUGAGGACUGCACGCACCUGUGGUGCAAAUAGCUCUGACCUACAUUUAGAAAAUACUUCAGUUCCAGUAGCUGUGAAGGAAGAGCCGACGGAUGUGCAGGUCCAGGGGCUGAUGUCAGUCAAACAGGAAGACGCAGUCUCGUGUAGUAUCAGCACGGGGGUGGAGAUGCCACAUUCUUCAGCGCCGUCCCAUGAUGUAAAGUCUGUAAUUAAAGUGGAGUGCCCCGUGUGUUCGGUGGGUGUGUCACAGCAGUUUAUCAACAAGCAUCUGGACACGUGUCUCUCCAGCGGAGAGAAGAAGGAAAGCUUGAGAAGCUCCCUUAGUAAGGCAAGGCGUCCAAUGAGCAAACUGGUCUACAACCUACUCUCCACGGUGGAGCUAAAGCGGAGACUGAAGGAGAGCUACCUCUCGGUGCAGGGUUCUCGAGAUCAGAUGAUCAAAAGACACAAGGAGUUUGUCCACAUAUACAAUGCUCAGUGUGAUUCUCUAAACCCUAAAUCAGCUGAAGAUAUUGCCAAAGAGGUGGAGGCCAAUGAGAAGAGCAGGAACCAGCUACAAGGGAAAGCCAAACCUGUCAUGGUUUUCACUAAGAAACAGACGGAAAAGGAAAUUGAGGAGAUUCAUUCAAAUUAUAGGAAGCAGCACAGCAACGACUUUUCCCGCCUCAUUGCCCAGGUCCGGGGUCGCCUAGAAACCACCAGGCAGCUGCGGAUCAAAAAGGAAGUCAUUGUGAAGGAAGAAGAUGUAGAAAAGACACUCUCUGCAGAUCAAGAUUCAGGAUCAAGGAGCUGCCUCCAGAUGAAAGCAGAAGACACAGUCGGGGAAGAGGAGCAAUCAGCGAGAGGAAUUGAGUUGCCACCCAGUCCCACUAACAGUGACGUGUCCAUCAGCAGUUCUAUUUCUGACAUCUUUGGUCCAGAGCCUGUCAUAAAACACCAAGACACAGCGAGUACCUCGGCCCAAAACCGAAAGUCCAGCUUCAGAGGAGAUAACUCGGGUUCAUCGCCUGUUCGAGGAAAACGACGGCGUAAAACAUAGCAGAGCUGAGCUGAUCUGAGGCAGGAAAGACGGAGACUCAACUUCAUACUAAUACACUCAAGAUUAGAGGGAAACUAUUAUGAAUUUAUUUGUCAUUUUUCUUUUCAUUUUCAAUGUUCACGGUGAGUUUGUUAUGAAUAAAUUUUGAGUAUUUUAUCAGGUUA